CAGUAGCUGCUGCCUGCCACACUGUCCAAUCGCAUCUAGGAAGAGAAAAUAGAGAAAGAAAGAGAGGCAGUGAGAGGGAGAUGGGGGAGGAGAAAGAAAGAGAGGAAGGUAGAGGGGGGGAGAGAGAGAGGAAGAUUGAUCAUUUGGACGUCCUGGGCCCUGUGUUCAAGGAAGAAAUACCUACAUUCCAACUAUCUGUGCUUUUGUUUCGUCGCUUUCACGUUUCACCGGACUGAGAGAGCCUGGAGGGCUGUUUUUUUCUUUUUCUUCCUUUUUCCCUUUCUUUUUUAUAUGGGUUAUAUCUAUCCAAGAGACGUGCCACCACUACAUCUACCAGCAGAAGCAGCAGGAGCAGCAGCGGUGUUGGAAUAUCUCUCCAUAUCCCAUCCCGGGCACGUCGGAUCAACCGCAGCAGCAAAAAACACGAGGCGAUCAUUGCGGUGAACAGAAGAGAACAUGCACCGCGGGAUUUCAGUCCGUUCAGCCCAGAUGGGAGACAAUACAGGCUUGUUAUGGGGGUGACCAGAAGGAGAUAGUGACAGAGGAACAGUGAUGCCACUGUUUACAUAACGACACACUCACACACAUGCAUCUAAACACGUAUAUACCCACAGGCACACAUGCAGGCUCAGAUUGCCAGUCCAGGACACACACUCACUUAAACUCUUCAGCACAUACAUACGUAUGCUCACACAGAGUAGUGACUGAGUCACUGCACACAAAGAGGCAAAGACUCACUGACUCACACACAUACGAAAAGGGAAAAGAUUGCUUUUAAGAGACAGAACUGUGUGCAGUGUGUGUUAUGGGCCAAGGUGAGCAGCAGCUGCGAGUUAGAGCUGGAUACCUGUAAGGGAUCAGCAGAGACAUAACCCUCAACCUGCCUCCACUACCUUACCCUCCUCCUCCCCCUAGUUUCCCAUCUUAACAAACCGCCAUGUCUGAACUGAGGACCAGCAGAACUCUUCCUCCCUCCCACUCAUCCCACAUUGGAUUUUCAUCUCUCCUCCUCUCCCUUUGCCUCUCCCUUUGCCUUCAGCCGACCUCAUUGUCGGCUGAGCAGACUGUGCCUGUCAUUUCAACGGCGCACGGCCGUAUUCGUGGCAUUCUGACCCCUCUGCCCUCUGACCUUCUGGGGCCUGUCAUCCAGUACCUGGGAGUACCGUACGCCAGGCCACCAACUGGGGAUCGGCGGUUCCAGGCGCCUGAGCCGCCUCUGCCAUGGCCAGGAAUACGGAAUGUGACACAGUUUGCUCCAGUGUGCCCGCAGUCUGUGGAUGAGAGGAGCAUGCUGGCAGAUAUGAUGCCAUCCUGGCUCACUGCAAGCAUGGAUAUAGCAGCAACUUACCUUACUCACCAGAGUGAGGAUUGCCUCUACCUCAACAUCUAUGUACCCACGGAGGAAGACAUCCAUGAGGAGGGGGGGCAGCGGCCAGUGAUGGUCUAUGUCCAUGGAGGCUCGUAUUCCGAAGGCACUGGGAACAUGAUGGAUGGCAGUGUGCUUGCAAGCUAUGGCAAUGUCAUUGUCAUAACCCUCAACUAUCGCCUGGGAGUUUUAGGGUUUCUUAGCACAGGAGACCAGGCAGCAAAAGGAAACUAUGGCUUGCUCGACCAGAUUCAGGCUCUGCGCUGGGUGAAGGAGAACAUUGCAGCCUUUGGUGGAGAUCCAAGUAGGGUCACUGUGUUUGGAUCUGGUGCUGGUGCAUCUUGUGUUAGCCUCCUUACUUUGUCCCACUACUCUGAAGAUCUUUUCCACAGAGCCAUUAUCCAGAGUGGCAGUGCUUUAGCUAGUUGGGCUGUCAACUACCAACCAAGCAAAUAUGCCCGGCAGCUCGGCGAGAGGGUCGGCUGUGGCAUUGAUGACAGCACUCAACUGGUCACUUGCCUCCAGGGCCGGAGUUACCGUGAACUGGUGGAGCAUAAUGUCUCUCCGGCCAAAUAUCACACUGCUUUUGCCCCGGUGAUUGAUGGCGACGUUAUACCUGACGACCCUCAGAUUCUGAUGGAGCAGGGAGAGUUUUUGAACUAUGAUGUGAUGCUCGGGGUCAACCAAGGGGAAGGUGUGAAGUUUGUGGAGGGAAUCGUGGACUCUGAGGAUGGUGUCACAGCUGAGGACUUUGACUUUGCCGUGUCAGACUUUGUGGAUAGUCUGUAUGGCUACCCAGAAGGCCGAGAUACACUAAGAGAGAGCAUACGGUUCAUGUACACUGACUGGGCUGAUCGCGACAACGCAGAAACUCGUCGGAAAACACUGGUAGCACUUUUUACCGACCACCAGUGGGUGGCGCCAGCCAUUGCUACAGCUGAUCUCCAUGCUCAGUAUGGAUCUCCAACCUAUUUCUACUCGUUUUACCACCACUGCCAGAGUGAUGCCACCCCACCUUGGGCUGAUUCUGCCCAUGGUGAUGAGGUGCCCUAUGUGUUCGGUGUGCCUAUGGUGGGUCCCACUGAUCUGUUCAACUGUAACUUCUCCAAAAAUGACGUGAUGCUGAGUGCAGUGGUAAUGACUUACUGGACCAACUUCGCCAAGACUGGGGAUCCAAACCAACCAGUUCCUCAAGACACCAAGUUCAUCCACACAAAGCCCAAUCGCUUUGAAGAAGUUGCUUGGUCUAAAUACACUCCCAAAGAGCAGCUGUACCUCCACAUUGGCCUCAAACCUCGUGUCAGAGAUCACUACCGCGCCACCAAGAUCUCCUUCUGGCUCCAACUAGUUCCUCACUUGCAUCAUGUCAAUGAACUCUUGCAAUCUGUUUCCUCUUUCACACACAGUCCAUCUCCACAAGAUGAUACCCCUUAUUCUUACACCAAGCGUCUAUCCAAAGGCUGGACUCCUAUAAGCACACGGCAUCCAGGGUCGCAAGGAGGCACACCACAGCCACCGGAGUCUGCUUUGGGUCAGGAUGGAGCAGAAAGUGGAGUUCGGAUCCCAAAUGAAGACUACUCCACUGAACUCUCAGUGACGAUAGCAGUAGGAGCGUCACUGUUGUUUCUCAAUAUACUUGCGUUUGCUGCUCUGCUGUAUAAAAAAGACAAAAGACGCCUUGAGCACCGUAGACCACGGCCACUGCCUCCUCCUAGAAGAGAUAUUACUCCUGCAGACGUUGCAGCACACCUGCAGGGAGAGGGACUGAUGUCAUUACAGGUGAAGCAGCUUGAAUGUGACGUUGCGUCCGCAGAUGAGAGAAACAAUGCUCACCAUCACACUCUGGACACCCUUGAUGCUCUUGAUGGUUUGGACACCCAGGACAUUUACAGCACACUCGACACUGUGCGCCUCACCUGUCCACCUGAUUACACCCUAACUCUGCGCCGCUCUCCUGAUGACGUUCCCCUCAUGACAUCCCUGACCCCAGGCUCGCUGCCCGUGACCCCAGGGUCACAUCCUGUUACCCCUGCAACACCAAUGACCCCAAUGACACCCGGAUCAGUUGCUGGGAUGAGGAUGGGCCACCCUCACCAGGGAUAUACACACCAUAGCCCAUAUAGUAAUACACACUUGCCCCACACACACAUCUCUGCACAUACACACUCCACCACACGUGUAUAA